AUGUCGAUCUCACCCCGCUAUUUGACAGGAGACGGCGCUGCCCUCAAGGAGUUUCUGGAUAAGUUUGAUGUUUUUUUGUUCGAUUGCGAUGGUGUUCUCUGGUCUGGUGACCAUGUCUUCCCCGGAACAGUUGAGACGCUGCAAAUGUUGAGAAGUAAAGGAAAGCAGGUUGUAUUCGUCACAAAUAACAGCACAAAGUCGCGCGCGGACUACAAGAAGAAACUGGAGAACCUAGGAAUUCCAAGCAGCACCGAGGAAAUAUUCUCAUCUUCAUACAGCUCCGCGAUUUAUAUCUCCCGUAUUCUUCAACUCCCAGAGAACAAGCGCAAGGUCUUCGCCCUCGGAGAGACUGGAAUUGAACAGGAGCUGCGCUCAGAGAAUGUCCCAUUCAUCGGAGGAACAGACCAAGCGUUCCGCCGUGAUGUGACACCUGAAGACUACAAGCUUAUCGCAGCUGGUGAUCCAUCCGUACUUGACCCGGAAGUUGGUGUCGUCUUGGUCGGACUCGACUUCCACCUCAACUACUUGAAGCUUGCAUUGGCCUACCACUACAUCCGACGGGGCGCCGUCUUCCUUGCGACAAACAUUGAUUCCACUCUUCCCAACUCUGGGUCAUUUUUCCCAGGUGCCGGUUCCAUGAGUGCCCCUCUGAUCAUGAUGCUUGGCAAGGAGCCCGUUUCCCUGGGAAAGCCCAACCAGGCAAUGAUGGAUGCGAUUGAGGGCAAGUUCAAAUUCGACAGAAGCCGCGCAUGCAUGGUUGGAGACCGUUGCAACACCGAUAUCAGAUUCGGACAAGAAGGAAAGCUGGGUGGUACACUUGCAGUCCUUACCGGAGUCAACACCAAGGAAGACUUUGUGGAUGGACCUGUGAAACCCCUGGCGUACGUUGACAAACUUGCCGAUCUUCUGGGCACAUCAUAA